AUGAGCCCGUCACUUUUCUCUUUCGGUUCUGAUAAACGUAUCGACAACUGGAUUGAAGAAAAAGAACUCGAGAAGUAUGAUUUGAAGAAAUAUGAAAAUCCCCAAAAAAUGAGAGUGUCAAAGGAAUCGGAUGCGAAGGAUGUAGUGAGAAGAAUGUAUAGAUACAAGCAUAAAGAGGACAAAAGCAAGGAUUUGUAUGUCCUAGUUCCUGGUCAUAAGAAAGAGAAGUCCCCUGGUCUUCUCGGUGGUGGUGUAACUGAGCACACGAUUACUAGAACUACAAAAACUUCUGAUGGGCGGGGUAAAAACCUGAACUUGCCUAUUAAUAUUAAUUUGGGAAAGCAAAACAUCACUAUCAAAGUUGAAGAUGGAGAAAGAUCUAGACGUCGUGGUGAUGGUGAGAAGGAGCGACAUAGACAUCGUGGUGAUAGUGAGAAGGAGCGACAUAGACAUCAUCGGCGUCGGGGAAGCGGCGAGACACAUGACGAUUCCAAAGACGACGAAGAUUUCUCUCGCGAUCGCCGAGAAAGAAGAAGAAGAAGAAGUAGAGACCGCUCUCGUGAUGGCGCUGAUUCAAAAGGGCGUGGAACUGACGGAAAGGCCCGAGAAUAUUCCAGAUCUAUGAGACAGGAAGAAGAUUCUGAAUCCGACGAUUCGAGCUACACAGACAAUGAAAGUAAAAGGAACGCAAAUGAUGACUUGCAGUCUAAUUAUUCUGGAAAAGUAUCUUCCAGGGGACACUCUGCAAGACCCCCGACUAUCCACCUCCCCUUUAAAAAGGAGAGUCGUACAAAGGAGCGCUCUGAGAUUCAGUCUAUAAUAGAAGAUGGAUCUAUAGCAUCUUCUCAUAGACCACCCAUUGAUAUUCAGCCUCCUCCAAGAGCUCAGUCUAUAAGAAAAGAUGGACCUGUAAGAUCUUCUCGUAGACCACCCCCUGAUAUUCAGCCUCUUCCAAGAGCUCAGUCUAUAAUAGAAGAUGGAUCUGUAAGAUCUUUUCAAACAUCAUCCUCGAAGAGCAAGCAUUCUUCAAGAGCUCCAUCUGCAGCGGGGCAAUCUAGAUUAUCCCAAAACACUGACACCUUACUUCCUAGCUUGGACAAACUAAUAGAAGAAAAUAAGGACGUUUUAGAUGGGAAGACUUCUCAGGAUGGUCGUAAUUCGACCUCAAGCCAACAUCUAAAACCCAACUCCCGAGAGGAUUAUAAAGCAAAUAGUGAUAGACGACGUGCGGAAAGGGGAAAUAGUGGCCUAUCCAGCAAAAAUGUACCGUAG